AUGGCGGCGCCCUUAGAGCUGGUGUUGAGCAGCGAUGCAGCCGGCCAGGUGGCUAAUUGUUCAGUAUGGGAUCCUCAGACAGGCGCUGUGCUGCUCACCUACCGGGGAGGGAACAGUACACCCCACUCUCUGGCGCUUCUUGGCGGCCAAUACCUCCUCGGAGGACAGCUGGGGAAAAACUACAUCAACGUGUGGGAGCUGCAGAGAAAGGACCAGCUGCAACAGAAGAUCGUGUGCCCAGGACCAGUCACCUGUCUAGCCGCCUCUCCUAGUGGAUUGUACCUGGUGGCGGGGAUUGGGGAGAGUAUCUACCUGUGGGAGGUUUGUACAGGAAAUCUCCUUGCCAUUCUCAAUAGUCACUAUCAGGAUUUGACCUGUUUGACGUUCACGGAUGACAGCAGCCAUUUUGUGUCUGGUGCAAAGGAUAGCCUGGUCCUGGUGUGGAACCUUUUCACUGUAUUGCAGGCUGAAGGAUCUCGAGGUCCUGAACCCAGACAUAUGUGGACCCAACACACACUACCCAUCACAGACGUACAAUGUGGUUCUGGAGGCCCUCAAGCUCGAGUGGUAACUUCCUCUUUGGACCAGACUGUUAAGCUGUGGGACAUUGCCUCUGGGGAACUUUUGGUAUCUGUGCUCUUUGAUGUCCGAAUCACGUCAACAACAUUUGACCCAGCUGAAUAUCACUUAUUUUGUGGUGGUAGUGAUGGCUCGAUAUUCCAGGUGGAUCUUUGUGCAUGGCCAGUGCAGCGGGAGAAGACCUUCACUGCUGAGCAAGAAAAGGUGUUUAGAGGACAUAGGGACCAGGUAACAUGUCUUUCUGUUUCACUGGAUGGGAGUAUGCUGGUAUCAGGAUCUCAUGAUGAAACAGUCUGUGUUUGGGACAUACAGAGCAAGCAGUGUCUGCGUACAGUCAACCACAGAGGUCCAGUAACAAAUGCCUUCAUCAUACCUGCACCUGGCAACAUGCUUCGAGCAGACAGUAAGCCUAACUUUCCCCUGCCUCGAUUCAGCAAACAUUUUCAAGGAGCUGAGGGCUCUGACGGGCCAGAGAGUGAUGGGAUUAUUCUCCGACUUGGGAAAUGUCAACAUGGAUCAGACGACACUUACCAGCAGAGGGCAGGUCAUCUUCACCAACUUCUUGGUGAAAGUGAAGGCAAGAAUCUUUCAGGUCUUGUUGAGCAGCUGCGAGCGCGGACGGCAGAAUUGGAAGAGGAGCUGAGUAUGGUGCGAAAGAUAAACAAAGAUCUCUUUGACUUUUCAGCUAGCAUUAUCACGAAACCAUGA